ACCUUGUUCUAAACCUUCAUUUCUCACCAGCUAAAAAACCCUUCAUUUUCCAAUUUCCUAUUUCCACAGAUUCAAAUCCCUCUCAGAUGAACUCACACUCAUUCACCAACCUACAUUUCCACAUAUUUUGAUCACUCAAUCAAUUAUAGUUCUGCAAAAAUGAUGGUAGAUUUGGGAUCAUUUUCCGACGAGAAAUUCGACGCGAAGAAAUGGAUAAACAACGCCGUGAAAGCUCGUCACCCGGCAGAUGCUUUGGAGAAACACUUAGUAGAUCUGGAAAUGAAGCUUCAAUUGAUGUCUGAAGAGAUCUCCGCUUCUCUUGAAGAACAAAGUUCUGCCUCCAUUCUCCGUGUUCCACGUGCCACUCGUGAUGUCAUCCGCAUUCGCGACGACGCCGUUUCUCUCCGCUCUUCCAUCUCCACCAUCCUUACCAAGAUCAAGCAGGCAGAAGGCUCUGCUGCAGACUCUAUUGCAGCUCUUGCAAAAGUUGAUACUGUCAAAUAUAGGAUGGAAGCUGCAUACAAGACAUUGCAGGAUGCUGCUGGGUUGACCCAAUUGAGCUCAACUGUGGAGGAUGUUUUCGCCAGUGGUGAUCUUCCACGGGCUGCGGAAACGUUAGCCAGCAUGAGGCACUGCCUGUCUGCAGUAGGAGAGGUUGCUGAAUUUGCUAAUGUGAGGAAGCAACUUGAGGUCUUAGAGGACAGACUGGACGCGAUGGUUCAGCCUCGAUUGAUGGAUGCUCUGUCUAAUCGUAAAGUUGAUGUUGCUCAGGAGAUGCGAGGAAUUCUUGUGCGAAUUGGUAGAUUCCAGUCCUUAGAAGUGUACUAUACUAAGGUUCACCUCAAAUCCAUAAAGCAACUUUGGGAUGAAUUCGAGUCCAGGCAGCGAACCACCAAGUUCCAAACAAACCAUUCAGCAAAUACAAAUGAGUUCCAAUCAAAUCAUUCAUCCGUUUCUUUUUCCACAUGGUUGCCAAGCUUUUAUGAUGAACUGCUACUCUGUCUUGAGCAAGAAUGGAAAUGGUGCAUGAUUGCCUUCCCUGAUGAUUAUAAAACACUGGUACCGAAGUUGUUAAUUGAGACAAUGCUAGCGGUUAAUUCAAGCUUCAUUUCUCGCAUCAACCUUGCAACUGGAGAUGCUGUUCCUGAAACAAAAGCAUUGGCUAAAGGGACAUUGGAUUUGUUAUCUGGUGAUAUGCCCAAAGGAAAGAUUCACAGCAAACAUCUUGAUGCAAUGAUUGAACUGCAUAAUGUGACGAACACUUUUGCAAGAAACAUUCAACAUCUUUUUUCAGAAUCUGCGAUGCAAGUACUACUUGAUACAAUGAAAGCAGUUUACUCUCCUUUUGAGACGUUUAAAAAGAAAUACGGGCAAAUGGAGCGCACCAUCCUUGCUUCUGAGAUUGGGAAGUUAGAUCUUAGAGGAGCUGUUGCUCGUGGAGUAGGUGCUCAAGGAAUAGAACUUAGUGAAACUGUUAGGAGGAUGGAGGAGUCUGUUCCUCAAGUUAUUUUGCUUCUUGAAGCUGCAGUUGAGAGGUGUAUCAAUUUUACUGGUGGUUCUGAGGCAGAUGAGCUAAUUGUUGCCCUCGAUGACAUAAUGUUGCAGUACAUUUCCAUGCUUAAUGAGACAUUGAAAUCACUAAGAGCCGUAUGUGGAGUAGAUAAUACAUCUGACAUUAUAAAGAGAGAUUCUGGAUCUGACAAGAAGGAAGGAACUCAUAAUCCUCGGAAAGCUGACCUAAUUACGAACGAGGAAGAAUGGUCCAUGGUACAAGGGGCUUUGCAGAUUCUUACUGUUGCUGAUUGUCUAACAAGCAGAUCCUCUGUCUUUGAAGCUUCACUGAGAGCUACUCUUUCUAGGUUAAGUACAAGUCUACCUGUAUCAGCAUUUGGUGAGGACCAAAAUCAGAGACAAUUAUCCAUUGAUGACGGAAAUGUGAGUGUAAAUUUAGCUGGAGGAGCUGCACUGGAUAUGGCUACCGUGCGAUUAGCUGAUGCUCCUGAAAAGGCUCGAAAGCUAGUUAGUCUUCUGGAGCAGUCUAAAGACCCUCGGUUCCAUGCACUUCCACUCGCAUCUCAUAGAGUUUCCACAUUUGAAGAAACUGUUAAUGAGCUUGUAUAUGAUGUCCUGAUAUCAAAGGUACGACAGCGUCUCAGUGAUGUGUCACGCAUGCCGAUAUGGGCAUCUGCAGAGGAGACUAGCGCGUUUCCUCUCCCGAGCUUCAGCUCAUACCCUCAAUCGUAUAUCACUAGUAUUGGUGAAUAUCUCCUUACCUUGCCCCAGCAAUUGGAGCCCCUUGCAGAAGGUAUUUCUAGUGAUGAUGCCAAUGCAGAUGAAGCCCAGUUCUUUGCCACUGAAUGGAUGUUUAAGGUUGCGGAGGGUGCCACUGCAAUAUACGUGGAGCAGUUGCGAGGGAUUCAAUACAUUACUGAGCGUGGAGCUCAGCAACUCUCCGUUGAUAUAGAGUAUUUGGCAAAUGUUCUUUCCGCUUUAUCAGUGCCAAUUCCUUCAAUACUUACAACCUUCCAGACAUGCCUUUCCACCCCAAAAGAUCAAUUGAAAGAUCUGAUUAAAUCAGAUUCCACCACCCAGCUUGACCUUCCCAUAGCAAACCUCAUCUGCAAAAUGCGGCGUGUAAAUCUAGAUCCAUAGAUUUGGUGACCAAAGUUGAAUUAUGUCCUUACUCUUGUUUCUUCAUGAAAUCUUGAAAUUAUAUCAGAGCCCAUCAUCUGCCCUGGAAUUCUCCAAAUACAGUUGGAUUAAGCGAGACAGCAUUUGAAGAUAUAGGUGUUACACCAUGCAUAUGAACAUCAAUCACUUCGAGAAUCACAGCAAUCCUCAGUUUUGUUUCAGUAAUUCCUGAUUUAUUUGCUUCUUGGGGUGAUAUGGUGUCAACCAUGACUGUGUACUUAAUGUAUUUCGAGCACAAUGUCACUCCAAGUUGUAUAGUGUUGUGAAUUAUAGUUCUGAACUUUCCUUCUAUUAAAGGAGGAUAACUCAAGCAAUACAGGAAUGUUAUAGGCCCUUUUUUUUCUGUCU